AUCGCCGUGUUAAGCGUCGGGUCGUGUGAACUCUCUCUCUUUUCUCUAUUAAAAAAGCGAAGAAGACGAGCAGCGUGCUCGUACUCCUCCUUCCAUUUCCUCGUUCGCUGCGAGCACACAGAGAAACCGAACGAAUCGACCCAUCGAUCGAUCGACGUCGUCUUCCUCGUGAAGCCGAUACAUUCGCUCGAACUUCGUUUCCACCCGGCAUUCGUCUCCUGGCGCAAUCGGAUCUUCGGCCCGCCGAUUCCGUGUCGUCUCGGCCCCGCCGUAUCGGUUUCGGAGCUCCGAAGGCUGCGGCCAUGGCGUUAUCGGCGUCCGACCUUCCCGCCGUCUACGCUUUACUCGCUAAUUCUCUGAGCGGCGACGAGAGAGUGCGCAAGCCAGCAGAGGCCGCGCUCAGCGAGUUCGAGAGCAGGGCCGGUUUUUGCUCCUGUCUCAUGGAAGUGAUAACCGCGAAGGAUUUGGCAUCUCAAGUGGAUGUCCGCUUGAUGGCGUCCGUGUAUUUUAAGAAUAGCAUCAACCGGUACUGGAGGACCAGGCGCGAUACCUUGGGAAUCAGCAGUGAUGAGAAGGCCCAUCUUAGGCAAAAGCUGUUGUCUCACUUGAGAGAAGAGAGCCAUCAGAUAGCUGUGAUGUUGGCUGUACUCAUAUCAAAAAUAGCUCGUUUUGAUUAUCCAAAAGAGUGGCCGGAUCUCUUUUCUACCUUGGGCCAACAGCUUCAGUCAGCGGAUACUCUUACUUCACACAGAAUUUUUAUGAUAAUUUUCCGAACUCUAAAGGAGUUGUCAACCAAACGCCUUACAUCAGACCAAAAAAACUUCGCAGAGAUAUCCUCCCGUUUCUUUGAUUAUUGCUGGCACCUAUGGCAGAGUGAUGUAAAGACGAUAUUGUCUGGUUUCUCAGCACUUUGUCAAACUUCUUUGCAGCAAAAUGAUGAACUAUAUCUGACAUGUGAGAGGUGGUUGUUGUGUCUCAAAAUCAUAAGACAACUAAUAAUUUCAGGAUUUCCAAGUGAUUCAAAAUGCAUGCAGGAGGUCCGACCGGUUAAGGAGGUCUCUCCUGUGUUCUUGACUGCCAUUCAGUCUCUUCUCCCUUACUAUUCAUCUUUUCAGAAGGGAUAUAAUAAAUUCUGGGACUUCAUAAAGAAAGUGUGCACAAAGUUAAUGAAGGUUUUAAUCUCGAUUCAAGGAAGGCAUCCUUAUUCAUUUGGUGAUAAAUGUGUUCUUCCACCUGUAAUGGAGUUCUGUUUGAAUAUUAUAAUAGAUCCCAAGGCCGAUUUGAUAUCAUUUGAGGAGUUCAUUAUUCAGUGUAUGAUAAUGGAAAAAUCUUUGCUCGAAUGUAAAGAUUACAAGCAAAUUCUCACUGGCCGAGUGGUAGAUGAAAAUGGGGUGUCCCUGGAGCAGAUGAAGAAAAACAUUUCCGCUGUUAUUGGAAGUCUCCUUAUGUCUCUUCUACCUAAUGAUCGCAUAGUACUCCUGUGCAAUGUCCUGAUCAGAAGGUACUUUGUUCUGACUGCGGGUGAUUUGGAGGAAUGGUACCAGAACCCAGAGUCUUUUCAUCAUGAACAAGAUAUGGUUCAAUGGACAGAGAAACUAAGACCAUGUGCUGAAGCUCUUUACAUCGUUUUGUUUGAAAAUCACAGUCAACUACUGGGUCCUGUUGUGGUUUCCAUCCUUCAAGAAGCAAUGAAUGGUUGUCCUACUUCCACAACAGAAAUCACUCCCGGAUUGCUUCUGAAAGAUGCUGCUUAUGGGGCGGCUGCAUAUGUUUACUAUGAGCUGUCGAACUACCUGAGCUUCAAAGAUUGGUUCAAUGGUGCACUAUCUCUUGAACUCUCGAAUGAUCAUCCAAACAUGCGGAUCAUUCAUAGGAAGGUUGCACUGAUAUUGGGGCACUGGGUUUCUGAGAUCAAAGAUGAUAUAAAAAGGCCAGUAUACUGCGCUUUGAUAAAGCUUCUGCAGCACAAGGACCUAGCAGUCAGGUUGGCAGCCUGUAGGUCCUUGUGUUUACACAUUGAAGAUGCAAACUUCUUGCAAAGUGAAUUCACUGAUCUUGUUGCAAUCUGCUUCAAUCUCUGCUUUAAUUUGGUGGAGGAUGUUCAGGAAUUUGAUUCAAAGGUUCAGGUUUUGAAUUUGAUUUCAGUACUUCUUGCGUACGUGAACGAUAUGGUUCCAUUUUCAAACAAACUGAUUGAAUUCUUUCAGAAGGUAUGGGAGGAAUCUUCCGCUGAAAGUCUAUUACAGAUUCAAAUUCUGAUUGGCCUCCGGAACUUUGUCAUUGCUCUUGGCUAUCAGUCACCCAUUUCCUAUAACAUGCUACUGCCCAUUCUGGAAAAGGGAAUUGAUAUAAAUAGCCCGGAUGAACUUAAUCUUCUCGAGGAUAGCAUGCUGUUAUGGGAAGCUACCAUCUCUCACGCUCCUUCGAUGGUAUCUCAGUUACUGUCAUACUUCCCAUGUUUGGUUGAAAUCAUGGAAAGAAGUUUUGAUCACUUGCAGGUUGCUGUCAACAUUAUCGAGGGUUACAUCAUUUUGGGUGGUUUAGAAUUUUUGAGAACACAUGCUUCCAGCAUUGCAAAGCUGCUUGACUUAAUUGUCGGAAAUGUGAACGAUAGAGGCCUCCUAUCCACCCUGCCAGUCAUUGAUAUUCUGAUUCAGUGCUUUCCUGCAGAGGUACCGCCAUUGAUCAACAGUACUCUUCAGAAAUUGAUUAUUAUGUGCUUGAGUGGAGGAGACGAUCGAGAUCCAUCGAAGACAGCUGUAAAGGCAUCUGCUGCUGUGAUACUAGCAAGGAUUUUGGUGAUGAACACAAGUUACUUUGCACAGUUAACCUCAGAGCCCUCCCUUUUCUUGUCACUUCAAAACACAGGUGUACAAGUGGAAGAGAGUGUGCUACUUUGCCUGGUAGACACAUGGCUUGACAAGGUUGACAAUGUGAGUUCCAUACAAAAGAAGACCCUUGGACUAGCCCUCUCUAUUAUUCUGACCCUGAGAAUGCCUCAAGUUCUUGACAAGCUUGAUCAGAUCCUAAGUGUCUGCACGAGUGUAAUCAUGGGUGGAAAUGAUGAUGCAAAUGAGGAAGAGUCCAGUAGUGAUACUAUUGGCUCAAGUGGAGGUCAAUUUGAAGCCAUUCCAAGUAAAGAGUUAAGAAGAAGACAGAUAAAGUUCUCGGACCCUGUCAACCAGUUGUCACUAGAGAGCUCAGUCCGGGAAAAUCUUCAAGCAUGUGCUAACAUUCAUGGAGAAUCUUUUAAUUCUGCCAUCAGCAGAAUGCAUCCAGCUGCAUUUGCACAAUUGAAGCAAGUGCUGAAGAUGCAAUAGUCUUGUUUUCAUAUACAAACAGGCGAAUGACAUGUCAAGUUGUGGCCCUUCAUACACAUUCCAACGAGUGGUGUUUCGUAUUGUGCCCUCCAGAUUGUUGUGAUCUUCCGCUGUAAAGGAGAAAGAUAUAUUUGUAAAUUGAAGCGUCCAUGCCGCUUGUGAGCCUUCACAUUCUUAAAAAAAUUUCCCCGUUUGUGAUUGAUUUUGAGAACAGCAAAAUUCAUUCAUGCUCUUGUCGUAGCGGGAAACUCUGUAAAUAUCUCGGACUUUUCUGGUCCUAACAUGUAAAGUCAGAAGGGUCACAGCUGUUCCGAGUGUUGUGAAAUUUCGAUGAAAAUGAGUUGCAGCAGAAAUUCGAAACGGGAAUUUUAGGAA